UUCCCAAAUAGGUAGGCAAUCGAAAAUGACAAUGGUUUUUAUGGGGAAGGGUUUAGUUUAGAAUUUUUUUUACAUUUUUCGAUCUAUCCUUGCUGUCGCGCGUAUUGAUUACAUCUUUCCGCGAGAAUCGCGUGCGAGAAUGACCGGAAGAACAUCACUGGUGGAACAGAAGAGGCUCCAGUGGGCAAAAGAAAGAGAGGAAAUGACUCGUCUUGGAAUUAAUUGGGGACCUAUGAAACCAAUUAGCUAUAACCGCACUCAUAUUCGCACUUACUCGAAUGAGACCAGAUUGUCCUUGGGUGAAAUAAAGGAUAAAGUUUCCGCGCAACCUUUUCGUGCCGUCGGGCAUUACGGAAGCACCGUCAGUCUAAAAAGUCUGGCAACAGAAAGUUCCGGAAGUGGAAACAGUAAUUUUAAGUGCCUCGACUAUAAUAACGGCAGUUUAAUAAAUCUCCGGGAUCAGGCAGACGAAUCACAAAUGAGACGCAGAAGCCCCAGCUUACCACCGAUUUUUAAUAAGGAGCAACAGCAGUACUUCUCUCAAUUGGAACAACAGCGUGACUUCGGCGUAGAAGGAUCGCGAUACCAAUCGGAAAAAUCGCAAAAACUGGGACAUUAUCAUCGCCGGUCCAACGAGAAUCGAGAGAGCCAGAAGGAGCUUCAUCAUUACGGUUCACCGGGUGAAGAGCGAGAGGGCGAGACUUCCGGUUACGCCAGCGAUUCGGUGGAUGUGCCUCAGGCGGGACGAAGGAGUUUAGUUGAUAGCAAGGCAGCGACCAGAAUGGAAAUGACGGAAAAAACGUGGCAGAAUCCUUAUUGCGCCACGCCGGAAAGUUCACUGCCACCCUCAAGGAGACUUUCGCCCGGCAGAAUGGGCGAACUUAACAGGCCAAGGUGGGGCAGUGUCUGGAAUCAAGACGCGGAGAAAGGCGAUCCGUCGGCGCCCUCUUGGCUAUCAAGAUUAGGACAGUCGAGUCAGGUCUUGGUGAUCAAUCACGAUAGCGCCAGCAGCCCGGACAGUUCAACGACCUGCUCGACUGGCUCCGAUACGAAUAAAGUAUCUUAUCUCCGCGGUCAGAAUAUUCCGAUGGACGCGGAUAUUCUUCAGGAACGAGAAGCGAGACGACUAAAAGCUCUGGAGUUGCAGAACGCUAUCAAACAACAGCUUGAAGAAAAAGAUAGACAAAGGAAGGAAGAGAAGGAACGACGGAUGAGAGAAGAAAGGAUGGAAGAUGAGCGAAUCAGACGAGAGAGGGAGAAAGAAAGGGAAAGAUUCGACGAAGAACAACGGUUGCUCCGCGAGAAGGAAGCGGCGAAGCUGAAGAAAGCGCAGGCGAUGCGCGAGGUGCUGGAGGCGGCAGAACGGCUCGCGAUGGAGGAAAAGAAGAAUCGACGGAAACGAGAAGGACAAACCGACGAGGAUGUCGACGCGUUGACGCGGUCUUCCAACGAAUCACACGCGACUGUGAAUGUAAACAACAAACUCGAAGAACAGAAUUGUUCGGAGGUACAAAAGCAAAGUGCGAACUUGAUCACCAAUUAUCCCGAGGAGAAACCCAGCCCGAAAGACGUUAAGCAAGCUGACAACUAUCAAGAAAGCGAGAAUGACAAGGAUUUGAGGGAAACCUAUUCUCGGCCGAAUUACGCGGAUAAAACGGAGGAAGCCACGUCGGACUCGAAAUCCCUUCAGGUUCCAGUGAGCAAGGACGUGGCGAUCGUGCUGAGUGGCAGACUCGAGGAAUUCGCGGAGAACACCGUGGACUAUUUAUCGCUGGGGCUCAACACGCUCAUGAGGAAUCACGGAAGUCCGAGGAAUCUGAGGAAGUCCUCGAGGGACGCCGCAUCGACUAUCGUCGAAAACAGGCUGUUGACGCCGAGCAAGUACAGAACGCCGGCCGGCCGGGACUUCGGCACGCAGACGGACGUAGAAUCCGAUAUUCAGGAUCUACGGGAGAAACUGCAGGACCAGUCGAUCGGGGAACCGGACACCACGAAGGACAAGAAGGACACGACAAACGCCAGUCGAAGAAACGUUGAAAAGUCGAUCAAUGUAGGUCCGGGCGAUGAGAUUCCCAUGAAGACGCGAUCCAAGUCGCAGCCCAGAACUACGCUCGACAGCAGACCGCGAUGGAACGCUAAUCGUCCAGGUACGCGAUAUCGGACACAAAGUGAAAAAGAUCCGCACUAUCAAAGACGAUUGCGAUUGCGAAGGCGACAAGUCGAAUCCAGCGACGAAGGAUCGAGGUCGCCGUCCCCGGAUCGGCGGAAAUCGAAUAACGGAAAAUCGAAGAACCGAAAUACAAUGAGACGUAAAGCGAAACUCGAGAGUUAUGACGCCGACUUGUCGAUGGACAGUCUGAAUUCCGUCGUGCCACUGCGAAUUGACAAAAACGGGAAGAUCAAUAUUGAGGAGCGUGUCGAAAAAGUGCGGCCUAACAACGCUUGUAACGAUGCGAGCCGCACAAAGCAGUCAGAUAACGAUAAUGUCUGGUGCGGACAAGAGAUUUUAUCCAAGUUAUCGUCGUUGAAAAGCGGACUUCUGAUGAAGCAGAUCGAGUGGGACUCCGAGCGAUGUUUGGUCUCACCGGCUGCGUCCGAAAUCUUUUAACUUGCCAGGAUUUCGUUGUCAUCGUCCUUUUGUUUUUCUUUUCAUUUACGUAGAAAGUGAGAUCGAGUAGGAUGAAAAGGGGAUUUUGUUAAAGAGUUUUCAUCGUUCGGAUGAAGAAUCGAAAGAACUCAAAUGCCUUUUUCGCGUUA